UGCUUAAAUAAAUAAAUACAUCAUAAUGGUACAAAUAGUAAUUCGUAAAUCCGAUGGAAUGGAGGAAUGGUUUAUGAUUGAGUUACAAGGUGAACUUGUAUCAAGAUACGAUAACGGCCUUUCAGGCAAUGUACUUGGUGAUUUACAUUUCUCAAAAACUGGCGAACCAAUUAUGAUAAUCGGUCAUCAUAUGUUGCAAGGAAAAGUAACAGACUUGGAUAAACCAUUUGGAGUUAUGUUCGAAUCAAAACAAAAUAAUUGUGAAAUUGAUGAGGAUGAAAUUGAAGCAAGCAAAUCAUAUGAGAUAAGAGCAAUUAUUAAAAGGAAAAUCAUUUUUAAAAAUCGUCCAAAGCCUAUUAUUACUCGUGUGCCAAAGAGAGUAUGAAUUAUAUUCUGGUUUCAACUGUAUUUCAGUAGGCGAGACUCUGGUCUGCGGGUAAUUGACCCAACUUGAGUUGGACUUGAUUUGCCAUUUCUCAAGAUUCAAACUCAAUCAAGUCAUUAAAUAUAAUGAUUUCAACUAGAUUUUAGUCAAAUAUUAGUGACUGGAGCAUGUUUAUAAACAUGCGCCAAAUUACUUGUAUUUUAUAGUGAUUGAGCUGUAUUCCUGAUUGGGAUUGUUUAAUGAUAAAAUGUUGGGUAGCGGAUAUUUUCAACCUCAUAAUUUCACCAUUUUAUUUAUUCAUAUUUAUUAGAAAUGUGUGAAUUUGAAAAACAUGUAGUAUUCCUUAGUAUUUGUAUAUAUUUUUACAAAUAUACUGUUGCGUAAUCUGUAUAUUCUUUUUCUUUGCUUUAUGAUAACACAAAUCUUUAAGUGGAGAUUGUCAUUUAUAGUUUGGAGUUACUAUUCAAUUCCUUAAUAAAAUAUUGUUUUAUUAUGGGAAAUUAUGAUUAAUGUAUUCUAUCGAAUUUUGGAUGAAUGUAAGAUAUCAUAAUCAUAUUUUUGAAUUUAUUCUCAAUGUAUAGACUAAACAUAUUUCCCACUUUGUAUAUUCCUUUUGCAUUGAAUUUUUUACAAUGAAUUCAAGGGCAACUUUUUUUUGUAUAUAAAUUUCCCUUCAAAUGCCAUAAGUGCUAAAUACCUUCAGCAAUCAUACUUUCAUAUCACAUUUUUUUUUCAUCUAAGA